UGAUGAUGAUGAUGAUGAUGAUGAUGAUGAUAUAUAAUGUACAUUUUAUAUACAGCUAAUUUUAUCAAUUAGCUUCAUAAUACUUUAUAAACGUUAAUGGUGUUCAAUAAAAUGACAAACGACUUUUUGCUGUUUCUAGUCUACAUUCGUCGACAGAAUAAUGUUACUUACAUUGAUUGCACAUCUCAAGUGCCGGAUCGCAUAAAAAAUAUUCUAUUUCUGUUGUGAUUUGCACUGUCGUUACAAAAGCAAUUUUUUCUUUUUAUUAUCUUUAUGGCCAGAUCUUUUACAAGACUAAAAUUUGUAUUGCAGCUACUUAAUGAUAGUAUGAAAUUUGGAGAACUUCAAAAAGAAGAACGUUACAAGAAACUUGAGAGGAGUUUGAAGCUAACAUUUAUCAAACAAAUGGAACAAGCCAAAACUCACUUGGGUCAAGGUUACUGUAUGUCUCCCACUUGGCCAAGUUUAUCGAGUAUCAAUGCAGACACUAUGGACACAACUGCUGCAAAUCCAUCGCUACAAGUGUCGAGGGUCGGGAGUGAAGUUGUAUCGUCCAGUAGCAACUUGCACAAGGCACUGGUAGUUAAGAGAUACACCAACCUGCCAAUCGCCACCUCCAGUGUCAAAAAGUUUCCAAUAAGUGACUUUGACAGAGAUCGAGCCAUUAUGCCACCUCCUCCUGUCACCUCAGUGUACUGUAAUCAUCCAAAAGUCACAAUUGAAAAUGAUUCAAAGGGCACACAAUGGAGUCAACUAAGUAAGAGGAGCAAUACUGAGAGGGAAAUCAGUGAACCAACUAAUGCAAACUCGUCAAAUACCUCUGUUCAUCAAGAUAAUAGUAAUAGUGUCUUCCAACAAGAUUCUAAGGCUCACAGAGUUUUCCAACGCUGGAGAAUUUUACUAAAUGACCAUGGGGAGAUGAUUAUAAAAGGAACUUUAGCAGACUGCGGGAAAAUAGCUAGGAGUAAACCCAUCAUGCAGAGGUUAUCAAGGAAUAAAGUAAAGUCGGUUUAUAAACACAUUUAUCUUUUGGAUGGUAACAUUGUAGAUGACAGAUGUGAGUUACCAGAAUACGUUCGUGGAAAAUUUUUCAAUGGUUUUCCAGAUGAUUGGGAAAAUGUACAUCAGUUAUGGAAGAACUACACAGCUAAGGGCUGCAAGUUAUCAUUCAGAUGGCCCACUCCCAUAACUGAUAGUGAUGAUGAUUUAGCGACUGAAAUAACCGAUUUCACUUUGUCUAAAAACAAAGAUGUCGUUUCUAAAGAAGCUGUGCAUCAUUCAAAUACUACCGUGAACAAUGCUACAUCAUCAGGCUAUUAUUCAAAAUCUCAGACAGACAGUAUCCAGAAUUGUGGCAAAUCGAGUACAGAAAAAGUCGCGGUCAAACCAUUUGAAACAGUAAACAAAAAAGUACAAGACUUGGCAAAUGAUUCUGAAAUCAAAGAAGUUGAUGUUAAUGGUUUCAAAGAACAUGAUGAUUGUAGCAAUUCUAAAGAUUGUUCAAACUUGAAUAACAAUUGCUCUAAUUUAAAGUAUUCGGCUUAUUUACAUGAAAUGUUACAAGAAGAUAAACUUCGUGUGAUACGUUUGAAUCUCGGUGAUAAAAACUGCCCUACCGAGUAUUUGGAUAAGUUUAUUCAACUCAUUGACUGUUUAAGAUAUCUUUUGUCUUUUACGCCAAGCAGUGAGAUGGAUACUAAAUGUCAACUACAACAUUGUUUAAAGUGCAGUAGUAUUGCGUCAUUUUCCGAAUCUCAAGAAAUUAAUGCAGACGAGCUUUCAAGUAGUUCAAGGAAAAAAAAUGAAACUUUUAAACUCGAAGAAAAUCGCCAAAAAUCAAAUGACAAUGUAUCUACUGAUCCAAAUAAAAAGUCUCGGCUUGAUGGAAAUUUGAAUCAUCCCAAGACUGCAGGUCGUGAUGGUGAAGUUGUCAUGACUGAUUCUUCAGAUAGUGAUGCAUACAUGGGUAUUCCAAAUAUCCCUGUGCAACAUAUUUUGAAGCCUAGGACGAGAUCUGAACGUUACAGAGAUGUGAAAACUCGUAUGUCAGGGAAAAAAAAAGUUCAAAAUGAAAAGCAGAUAGAGAAACUGGCUCAAUCUGUUCAUGGUCAAAAAUUGCUGCCACAUGAUGAUUCUAGCAUAAGCAUAACAGAAAAUGAAUAUGAAAGUAGGCAAAUGAGAAAAAACGAAAUAAAUAAUAGAUCCACUCUUAAUAAGCAAACUCCCAAAAGUCAUGAUCCACUUGUCGAAAAUGUUAAUUGUAAUGAUGAUAGGAAAGGCAUUGUAACCACUUAUGCUAAAAGUAUUGGUGCUGAAAAUGUAAAUCAUAAAACAACUCCUAUAAAACGGGUUGCAGAAAGACCAAAACCGAUUAUUAAAAGUAAUGAGAUAGUAAAUAUUGAUUUAAAAUCUAGGGGUUUAUCGAGAAAUCCAAAAACAAUUUAUUCAGAUGUCAGUAUUGUUAAUGAAGAUGUUCCCCUUAAAAGACAAAAACUGUCGCAUAUUGAUAUUGACGAUAACGAAAAAAACGAUAAAUUGACAGAUGAUCUGAUGAAGCAUCCUUUUCUUACUUACGACUCUGAAGAUUUUUCUGAUGAACAUGAUAACUCAAAAAUAACGUCACAAUCAAGUUAUGUAGACAAAGGCCGUGAAAAAAAACAUUUGGACGCUUUAGAAAAUACCAAUGGGAAUAAUGGGAAAGUUUUACAAGAAUCAUCAAAAAAUCAAAACAAAAACACAGAAGAACAAGAACGAAAGUCUAGAUUAUGCUUGAAGAAAAAAAAAGUACUCACAAAUGAGAAGGCACUAAAAAGUGAGCCAUUCGGUUCUAAGGAAAAUCCAAAGUUGUUAACAUAUUGGAUACCUUGCGUCAUGUAUGAAAAUGAAUUGAAAAAGAAAAUCAACUUGGUAUUUGAAGGAAAAUUACUCAACGAAGCGGGACAUGUUGUUCACCGAAAAUUCACCACUGACCCUGUAAUAAAAAGACAUUCGGCAACACUAGUUGAAACUGUAAGAAAUGAAUACUUUAUGCUAGUUGGAGGCGUUAAUGAUACAAAACAUGUCGUGCCAAAGGAACUGCUGAAUCACUGUCGGACUGGAUGUCCAGCAAAAAUUGAAGAAUUUUGUAAAGAAUGGAAAAAAUUACUGCCAGAAAAAUCUAUCAAUAUGAACAAUACAUCUAUUGAUCUUUUGCCAAUACCAACAAGUUCGCGUGGACGCAAGUGCGUACCAGCUUUACACUUUUGGGAAGGAGAAAGAUUAGUAACUAAAGACUUGCACACUAUUUAUCAACCAGGAGAUAUGUUUGACAAAUCGUUGGUAAAUCAAACGCCUUUGGCUUUUAAUAAAAAGAAAGGAAAUAAAAACGAAACCAACAUAACAGAAAGUAAUAUGAGAAGCUCUGGGAGAAUAACAAAAGAAGAGAGCAAGCUGUUAAACCCAACUCCGGUUAAAGUGCUAAAUAAGGUUGAUGAUUCAACAAUCAAAACACGAGUAAAUAAGGAGAUACCAGCAGAAUCAACUUAUAACUUGAAAUUACGAAACAGAAAUUUGCUCGAUCAAAAAAAAAAUGUUCAACAAAAUUCGAAAACAAAUUCACGACAAUUACGACCUCCGUCAAAAAUUGUAUGGACAUACAACGAGAAUCAGAAUCAUUAUGAUGAAUUAUUAUCAGAUGACCAAUCCUCUGUUGUAAAGUGAGAAGGAUUUACGAAGAU